AUGCGCGCUCGACACCGGCUCCGGCGGUCACAUGACGGCGAUGUUUGUGUUUUUGCCUCCUCCUCCCGUCAGAAGAUGGCGGCGGUGCCGGAAAGUGGAGAUAAACGGGAAAGUGACGGACGGGGCUUUGAUCGCGGUGUCCAUUUGGCAGAAACUCUGGGCUUUUAUGAAGCGAAGGAGGAGCCCAACAAGGACGCGGGGCAAAACCGGAACCUAUCAGAUUUGUCCCUGCUGAGAUUUAUUAGUGCCGAGUUGACAAGAGGGUAUCUUUUGGAACACAAUGAAGCCAAGUACAAAGAGAGGAGGGAGAAAGUGUAUACAUGUUUGCGAAUUCCUCGGGAACUGGAAAAGUUAGUGACUGUGAAAGAAAUUCCAACAUUUAGUAAAUGCCCAUAUUUAGUUGCUGUCCUUCAUACAAUUCUGGUCAUGGUACAAGCAACAACUUUGAAUGUUGCUUUCAAUUCCCACAACAAGUCAUUACUUACCAUCAUGAUGUCAAACAAUUUUGUAGAAAUAAAAGGAAGUGUUUUCAAGAAGUUUGAGAAGAACAAUCUGUUUCAGAUGUCCAACAGUGAUAUCAGAGAGAGGUUUAACAACUAUGUCCUUCUGCUGAUUGUUUGUUUGAGGAAUAUGGAACAAUUUUCAUGGAACCCAGAUCAUCUCUGGGUGUUGUUUCCAGAUGUUUGCAUGGUAAUAGCAUCCGAAAUAGCCGUGGAUGUAGUUAAACAUGCUUUUAUUACAAAGUUUAAUGACAUUACAGCUGAUGUAUACAGUGAAUAUAGAGCCAGUCUUGCGUUUGACUUGGUCAGUAGCCGCCAAAAAAAUGCAUAUACAGAUUAUAGUGAUACAGUUUCCAGAAGAAUGGGAUUUAUACCACUUCCACUAGCAGUUUUGCUAUCCCGAGUUAUUACAAGCUCUACAAAAAUUGAGGGGGCAUUGGCUGUUGUCAGCUUGUUGGUGUUUUACUUCGGACUGAUUGCACUCAAAGUUCUUAACAGCAUAGUAUUGCUGGGGAAAUCUUGCCAAUAUGUAAAAGAGGCCAACAUGGAGGAAAAACUAUUUCAAACCCCACCAGCCAGCACCCCUGGGAAAUCUGGCAAAAAAUCUGUCAGUAAAGUUAAGUCACCUCAAGGCACUGCAACAGAAGAAAUGGAAUCAAAGUCCAUUAUUAGCCAGCCUGUGUCCCUAUCAGAAAGUAUAUCAACUCUAGUUUCAAGCAACAGUACUGACCAGUUUCUUACAACCCCCGACGUGGAAGAUAAAGGAGUACCACAGGAAAAAUCUGAUGGCAAGCAUUCUUCUUCAAAAGGAGACCUACUAGAAAUAGACAGGUUCACAAUUUGUGGAAAUCGGAUUGAUUGAUUAUUGCACAUUUUAAUCUAGAGAAGAGCUGCUUUGGACAUAAGCCUUUGCAUGGUAAACUGAACAUUCUCAAGCUUGAAGGUAUAUAAAGGUUUGAAAGCUGCAAAGGAGGCACUGAUCAGGAAUAUUUAUUGAAAUCUUUAUAAUUUAUUAAUGACUCAAGCCAAAAUAUAUUUUACCUGUGGUUUUUUCCAUCUGUUUGAAAAUGUUUGGUUUGGAAUAGGCUGUUUUGGUUUGUGUAUCAAUUUCCUGUGGCAAAGGAAGAAAAUCAUUUGGUUGGUUUCUGUGGAGACCUGGCAGAUAAGUGCUUUCAAGACAGCUUUCUCUACAGCUGCGUGGAUUCUUUGUGCAAUAUUUCUUGCCACUUGCAAAUGCACCUUCAGACAAUGAUGUGACCAUACAGCCAGAUGAAUUUGUUGGCUUUUUAUAAUGUUUUCAACAAUAUUCACUCAAUACUACAGGCUUUAAUUGUACAGAAAUGUGCCUGCUACAGUGAUGUUUUUUAAAAGAAAUUCUAAUCCUGUAUAGCCAUUCUAAGGAAAGAAAUUCAGGUAAUGCUGACCCGAAAAUAUACAUAUUCCAGUUGUUGAAGUUUGCAACUCUUUUUGCAAGGGCUUCAGUUAUAAGAUGAAAAUAAGGAAAAUCUUGAUACAAGUGGAUCAUCUUAGAAAGGAAUUAACUGCAUAUUGUGCAUAUGUCUUCUCAGAGCAGAAAGCUGCUCAAACACGAGAGGUUUCUUACCAUCUGAAAUGGAAAAAAAUUUCGCAAUCUCGUCAAGAAUCCAUGCACAACAUUAAUUUGUCAUAUCUUUCAAAUGCUGCUGAAGCUUCUAUGUGCUUCCAGCAGCUCUUAACUUUAUUUAGACUUUCAUCAUUCCUAAUUCUUUUUGCUGAAUCCAAAAGGUUGUGUUUAGUAGAAACAUUAGAGAUCAAGGUUGUUCAAAUGAACUUAUUAAGCAAGCUACAUAUUGGGAAGGAAUAAAACAUGAUACAAAUUCAAAUAAGUUUACAAAAAGUUACAAAAUAGGAAGAGGCAGAAGAGGAUCAAUUUCCCACAGCUACGUGUUUGCACACUGGGAAAUGACUAAAUCUGGCAUGUAUGCAGAACUGUUCCUUUUUUAAGUAAUUGAAUUGAUCUAUUAUAAUUGAUGUUUGUGCAAUGUUUAUUUCUUGUUUAUUUUGCACUAAAGACCAUAAAGUCAGAAUUCAAGGCUUCAUGAAGAAAACACAAUUACAUAAAUCUCUUCAUUCUAAUUGCUCAAAAAGCUAGCUUUGCGAGAAAUAUUUCAUGCAAACUGAAAUGUUAAACUCAAAGUAGCACCAGGCGAAUCUGAAUAAAUGAGUUGAUUGUUUAGUUAAUUUGAGGAUAUUAUCAAGAUACAACUUUCAAUAUUCAAAUAUUCAACUUUCAAAUACACAAUAAAUUUGACCCUUGACUCACUUGUAAAGGGAUUUAUGGCUGAAAUUUGUAAUAACACCCGAUAUUAAAUAUUCUAUCUUUUUAUAAUUAGUACAUUUUGUAAAUGAACAAUGCCAAACAGAUGGUUUUUGUAACACAAAUUGUUUGUUUAUUAAUACAUGUAACACAUAUCAAAGUCAGUCAUAAUAAACAACAAAAAGAUUUCACAAAGAACUAUGCGGGUUCAGUCCUAGAUUCAACAUUUCUGUUAAAGGCAGCUAAGGAUUGAGGCAUGGGAGUAUUUUGCAUAAUAAGUUGUUUUGUAGUCCUAACCAAACAAAAAUAAUUUGCUAGAAUAUUAUGAUUGAGUUUUCAUGUCUCUUAACUGACUUAAUUUUGCAUGAGUCAUCACAUUAAAUAAUACUGUCCCUAUCAGUACUGAUCGUUAUAUGCGCAAGUUUAAAUGGUCAUUUGCAAGUUUAAGACCGAAAAUAAUUAUUGAUGUUUUAGAUAGAGAUCCUUUAAUAUAUUUUGUUUGAGACCCACCCAAAAUCUCCCACUUAUUUGGUUUUGGUUUGAUUUUGAUGGAGCUAUUGUGCAACUCCAGCAUUGUUUUCACAAUUUCCAAUAUUCAUCUUAUCUGGCUGCUGACCUGUUAGUCCUUGAGAACCAUUUCUGCAGCUGUUUGUGCUUCCAUCAAUUAUGAGGGUCAAAGUUGUAUAUUAAGUGAAGUUUAUUUAUUUUCCAUCUUUGUAGAGUUGAGAAUAUUAUGUUAAUAGUUUGUGUUUUUAAAAUAUAAUGUUUUGUUUCAGGACUUAAAGUUUAACUGUAGAAAAUGGGAUAAAUGGAAUCUAAAUACCUGGAAGUCCAUUAUACUUAAGAUUGGAGUCAUAUUGCUUUAAGAGGUUAACAGCUAGUAGGGUAAGAUCAGAAACAGCAAGUGGGUUCGCUGGUCUAAAGACAUGGUGUUGAUUCAGGAAGAUCCAUGCUGUGGUCCUACUGAGUGGUGGCUUUAUGCUAUGGAAAAUAUUGUUAGGGUUAUAAAGAAGGCCUGGAAGUCAUUGACAAUUAAGUAAAGCAGCAAAUGGGUUGAUGGAAGCCGAAAGCAGUAUUUGUUUGAAGCAGUUCAGAAAGAUUGAUCGUGAGAGAAUUUCAAAAACAGCUGGGUGAAACUAUUUGAUGAAAGCUAAAAUUUUGCCGGUAAUUAGACUACUAGGAGCGUUCUUGGGCAUCCUAGGGAAAUGGGUCUUGGGAAGAGAUUGAACUAUUGAGGUGAGCAUUUUUAUUUUGAGAUAGUGCAAGUCAGGGAGGUUUUUAGGGUGUUCUAAGACUAAACUUUCAAUGUAAAGAAUUAGAAUCCCUUUUGAAGGUGACAAGAAUUUUGAGAUCGGUGAUCCAUAGUGUCACUAAUGCCUGGGUGAUGUCUGUUUUGACCACAUUAACCAAUUAAAGUGCAGUUUGUGGAGUGUUAAGCUACAGUUUGCCUGUUGUCAUUUACCUCCAUGUUAAUCCUGAAUGUUAUUGUUCUUAAUGUAGUGUACAUGGUUUAGAAUCAUUAUCUUACCAGUUCAGUAUACCUAUUUCAUCAUUAUUACUUAUGUUGGUUUUGUUCAUGUCUGUAUAAUAAAGUUUUUUUUUGUAUUUGAA